AUGGCCGUCGACUUGCUUCCCCACCUCAACUUGUCCCCGUCUCUUCUCGCUCUCUUGAUAGCGCUCCUCGCACCGCCCGCGCUCUACGCCCUCUACACGCUGCUCACCUAUCCUCGCAACCUCCCGCCCGGUCCCCGCGCUUCGUUCUUCGGAUGGGGCGACCAUCGCAGCUUGAUUCCGAGGGCGAAGCCAUGGCUGAAGCUGGCGGAGAUCGGUGAGAGGGAGGAGUAUCGGUCGAGGGGAUACUACACCAUCUGGACGGGACCGAAGCCGACCAUCGUCGUCUCUUCGCCCAAAGUCGCCGCCGACCUCCUCGACAAGCGCUCGAACAAGUACAGCUCGCGACCUCGCUUCGUCGUAAUGGGCGAACUCGCGACAGGCAACAACGCCCUCCUCUUCCUCCCUUAUAACGCCAAGUGGCGCAACCAGCGCAAGAUCUACCACUCGGCUUUGAUGGAGAAGCGCGCGGAUGACUAUAGGCCAAUACAGGAGUGGGAGGCGAAGAGGUUGUGCUGGGAUUUCCUCCACCAUCAAGAAGGUCUCGGCUGGGAGAAGUGUCUUGAGCGGUACGCGGCGAGUACAGUCGUCGCAAUCGCCUACGGUCGACGCGUCGACGACGUCAAGGUGGGCUUCGUGCAGAGUGUCAUCAAGCGCAUGGAAGACAUUGGACGAGCCAACCUACCCGGCAAGCAAGUCCUCGACACCUACCCAAUCCUCCAAGACUUUCCCGAGUUCCUUACGCCGUACAAGAAGACAUGGCGCGCUUCACGCGACGAGAGCCACUCGUUCUGGAUGUCGCUCGCCGAGACGGUGAAGGAGCGCAUGGGCAAUGGGACCGCCGCUCAGAGCUUUACGAAGGAUCUCUAUGAGCGCUUCGACUCGCUCGGCAUCUCGGAGGAAGAGUUCGGCUUGUUGACAGGCGGGAUCUUUGGCGCCGGCGUCGAGACGUCUUCCGGCAGCCUGAUCGCGUUCGUCCUUGCCAUGGUGACGCACCCGGAGGCGCAGCGCAAGGCGCAACAAGAGCUCGAUCAGGUUGUCGGCUCGUCUCGCAGUCCGACAUGGGACGACGAAGCGAACCUCCCGUAUUGCCGCGCUCUUCUCAAGGAGGUUCUGCGCUGGCGACCCGUCGCCGUCCUCGGAGGCACACCUCACGCCAGCACCGAAGACGACAUCUACGACGGUUACCGCAUCCCAAAAGGCUCCACGAUUCUCUGCAACACCUGGGCAAUCCACCGCGACCCGGCUUACUUCCCUGAGCCGGACCUUUUCCGCCCCGAGCGGUACAUCGAGGAUCCGCGCGAGUCGGGCGCCAUGCCGUAUCCGCAGAAAGCGGGCCACUCGGCGUUUGGCUGGGGGAGGCGGAUCUGUCCUGGCAUGCACGUCGCCGAACGAGGUCUCUGGAUCGCCAUCGUGCACAUCGUGCACCACUUCACGCUCGAGACGCCGGCAGGAGCACCCAAGCCCGACAUCUUCGCUUUCACCGACGGGUUCAACAGCAAGGCCGAACCUUUCCCGGUCAAGGCUACGCUGCGAGGCGGAGAGGAGAAGCGCAAAUUGCUCGCGAGGGAGAAGGAGGAAGCGUGGGAGGCAUUGCAGGCAUACGAGGUGUAG